UCAUUCUAGUCUCCAUCUGCAUCACACCUUUAGCAGGAAACUUGAUGUUUCCCCAUUCAUUUGAUUAGUGUUCUUUCCCGUCUCUAUAAAGUGAAUAGAUUCUGCGAAUAGGCCUCCUAUCCUAUUGAGAACAACAAACACUACCCUCCUACAAGAAGAUGAAGAGUAAUAUUUUGAUUGUGCUGACUGUCCUGGUGGUCUUCAUAGCAGUGGCCCAGUCCUUGACCUGUAAGCAGUGCAGUGUGGGGAUCUUUGGGACAUGUUUCUUUCCCACAAACAUGGUGUGUGACAACUCCACUCUCAACUGCUUCACCGGAGAAGCAAAAUUCAAUUCCACUGGGUUUCUGACACUCCACACCCGUGGUUGUCUGGACUCAGACCUGUGUGGCAAGACCAUCACUGCAACCAUCUUUAGUGCUGGUGUCACGAGCAGCUCUUCAUGCUGCCAGACAGACCUGUGUAACGGGGCCAGCUCCGUCCAGGUCUCUGUGACUGUGGCACUCAGCGCCGCCCUGAUGGCCUGGGGUGUUUAGACUGGACAAACAAUGACUUCUGUUCACAGUAUUGUUUAAACCUGUUACACUUCUGUUCACACUGUUUCACACUGUUUAAACAGGUUUCAGACUACUUUGUCUCCAUCCUCUAUUAACUAGGUUUGGCACAGUGAGCUCAGAAUUUUUCUUAAACUCCUCAUCUACUUUAAUAACAUUGAUCAACUGAAUAAUACUUGCAACUAUGAUACGCAACAACUUGAAGUGCCUUUACACUACUCUACUGAACACACAUACCAAUGCUGUAAUAUUAUUCAGAAUAAUAAAGGAAUUAAGUUGUGUCACAAAA